AUGUCGCCUUCUGGAGAUUCGGUGAACUCAGCAACGGAGGAGACGACGAACGCUUUGCACGCACUAGCGCCACACACAGCCAAAUUGCCGAUCAUCGAUGACGGCAUUGCUCCCCAGUCUGAAUCUGUUCCGAACUCGUCUAGCACACUCGAGCCUCAAGCUUCAUCUCACCAUGACCAUGGUCUGGUCAACCCCUUGGUACCACUCGACUUCCUCGCAACAUCAGCGUCUCGGCAGCAUCAGCAUCUUCCAGCACUCAACUUCGCAAGACGGAAAACAGUUUCCACCGAUCCUACUCAUCGAUCGAGUUUCGCAUCGACGACUAGCUGUGAAUGUCUACCCGAAGAGGACGAGCGUGGACCCGGCGCCUUCUCCAGCACUAUUCUCACCAUCCGGACAAGUGACCUCGAAAGGGACAUCGAAGACAAGUGCACGACAACUUCCGACAGCACUCGUUUUGGGAAUCGUGAAAGAGCGCUCAGUGGUGCAUCCGUCAACUCUACCGUUUCUCUGGACUCGGCACCGCGUCGUCCCCGCCCCUCCACUUCAAGGAGACUAUCAACAGCAAGCUUCACCAGCGCUCGCCAUCCAUCAUUCGGGCUGGAAGGGUUUCAGCUUUUCAAUAUGGUGGGACCGGGAUCAGCUACGUCGUCUCCUUACGGCUCUCCUCGUUUGAGAGCUUCGAGCCCUCUCAGCCGCCCCCAGAGCGUUACGUCCCUGGAUGAGGAAGAAAUUUUGAGGCGUCAAAAGAGACGGUGGACGAUCGCCGAGGAGUUCCGAGACUCCGAGCGGGCCUAUCUUGCUACACUGGAGAUGAUCGACACUGUGAGCUCAUGCCUGAUCGUAGACUCAACAGCCGAGCCUGUAUUAAUCUGUUAUCUUGCAGGUAUACUACCAACCUCUGUGUGCGGCUCUACCCGCCGAGGCGAUCCAGUUGCAACGCCGAAGCACCGGGACAGCCGCUGCGGAACCAUCAGCCGAUGCAUCGACGAGUCUGAUGUCCUCAGCACAACCUGCAAGCUCAUCCAGCGUCUCUGUUGCUGCCUCGGUGUCUUUCAAGACUACGGCACCCGUCGUCGGUCGUCACAUCAUCAAAGAGAUCUUUUCCAAUUUCGAGGAUAUCCUCAACCUCUCUCGCGUCGUGCUCGCCGCUCUCGAACUUAGUAUACCCCCCCGACCAUCGGCCCCCGUGUCUCUACCUCCGAUUCAUCUAUCUUCUACGAGUCUCGCUUCAUCUCCCGGCCGGGAUACGUCUAGUCGUCCUUCUGACGGUCGCCGAGGCGGGCUUGGACAGAGCGGCGAUACUCCAAGUGCAACAGCCGCAAGCCCUCCGGAAAAGGGACUUUGCGAAUCUCCGUCACUAGAACAACUCCCCUCGAAGCAACCUACAGCUGUUUCUGGUCAAAGGGCAAAUCCCCGUCGACAGUCCUCGAGCCACCGCCGAUCUACGCCCCCUCGAGAUAUUGGCUGCUCUCUGCUCCCUGUCCUUCCCUACCUCAAGCAGUACUCGAUCUUCGUCUCGAACUUUGCCGCCUCACUUGCUCGAUUGUCAUCACUGGAAGAAUCACUGGAAGACCCUGAUAGAACCGGCAGGUCUGUCUCAUCCCCAGACGAUCGAGCUCGUUGGCAAGUUUUCAUCACCGAGGGUGGUCGCGGGAAUGACGGUCGGGCACGAGGUCUCGGUCUCAGUGGGUUGCUGCUCAACAUCGUGCAGCGGAUCCCACGGUAUCGACUACUUCUUAAAGAUCUGAUUCGAUUCACGGAGUGGGAUCACCAAGAUUACGGGGCACUGGAGAAAGCGUUCGCUCUGGUCGAUGAAGGCAAGUAAAUGCCAAUGAAAUGGCUAAUUUGAGCUGACUCGCUGGAAUCUUACCUGCUUCCCUUACAGUCGCAUCCCAUCUGGAGGCCCAGAUCCGAUCCCAUGAUUCCGAUCUCGAGCUUGUGCACCUGCAACGAGCUUUUGCGAAUCUCGACUUUGCGCUGCUCGAGCCUGGCAGACGGUUGGUGAAGUCGGGCAAGGUGCUUAAGGUCGACCACAAGAACAACAAGCAGCCGUGCCUCCUCCUUCUUUUCAACGACAUGCUUAUCUGUGCAAAAGACUCUUCCUCGGCUGAAGAAGUUCAAGCCGCCCCCUCAAAAGGGUUGGGCAUAGCUUCCAAGUGGGCCACUAGCAUCUUGCGAAUGGAGCAUCGAUUCGCCUUAGGAACCUUGACGGUUCUGGUGGUCGAUGACAGUAGCACCUCUACGACCCUCGCCAAUCCGGCAACAUUCCAAUUCCAGCUCGUCAGUCCCGAAAGGAGUUUCACCGUCUGCGUCUGUGAGUCAUACGUGGACUGCGACCGCGCACCUUUCUGAUGCUAAGGUGAUGCUCUCCAGCCUCACCUGUCACCAAAACUGCCUGGAUCGAUGCCAUUCGCCUCGCUUCUUCCCGUCUUCUUGAAGCGCAGCAGUCGCUUCAACGCAGCCUACGACUCGGUCGUACUCACGAUUGUCGCGUCUCAGUGCCCUCCUCCCUGUUCACCCCGCCCGCAUCGACCCUGUUGCCCCACCCAACGUCGCUGGGAGUGAUUCCCCCUACCCCUCUGACAUUCCAAGAGGUAACCGCAGAGGAACCAAAACACACACAGCAAGAUUACUUCAAUUUAACCCCACGAAUGCCUCUGAAUGAAGUCGAAGCUGUUGACGCCUCGCCACCCUCUAGUUCAACGAAUGUUAUCGUCCGAGUCCAAGACUACACAGCACCGGUCUGGAUACCCGAUGCGUCCGCGACAAGAUGUAUGCGGUGUUGUGAGCUCUUUGGGCUGUGGAGGAGGAGACACCAUUGUCGGUUGUGCGGACUGGUCGUUUGCUGGAGGUGCUCACAAAGGGUUAGUCCGCUGCGCGGUCAUCUCUCUCGUGCUUACCCUGACAAGAUUUAGCUUGUGUUCGAACAGGAGGUGAUCUUAGCCGGUCAACAAGAACAGAACGCACGAACAUGCGAACUCUGCUUCACAUCCAUUACCUCAACCUCAACCUCAUCCCAAACCCCUCCCAACCCCCAUAUAUCAGAGACAGCUCCCAAUCUAAUCCUCCAAACUCGCGUCAUAGGCAACGAGGAAGAGCGUAUGGAAAACCUCGUCUUGCCUUCGUCCAUCAUUGCCCAUUCCUCUGUGGUGCGUCAAGUUGGGGGGACGGUCAAGAUGAAGAGGAGAUUGACGAGCUUGUUGACGAGGGGAAAGGAAGGUGAGACGAUGGGUGCGGCGCCAAAGAGAGGUGCUUGA